ACCAAAAAUGCAAAAUCUCAAUCAAUCAGUACUUGAAUAUAGGGAUUUUUUGGUAUCUACGCAACAAGUAGACAUGAAGCUCAUGAUACGAGAGCUCCCUGAAAAAGACUACUCUGCAGAUAAAAAGUUUGUGGAAUUAUUGACAUCACAACAAUUGGAAACUUUUCAAACUUUACAACCUGCUGAAUUGGACAAUUUAAAAUUCAUCCAGUCAUCGCAUUUAGCAAAAACAGCAAUAAAAAACUUCGCAAAAGCCCAACAGCAAAAUAAAGAAUUGGAAUACGAUUGCAGCAGAUUCCACGCGCGAAUGAGACAAUGUGAACUGGACAUCUUUAUGGAGGCCCAGAUAGCCGAAGAGCUUCAGAUUUGUUUAUUAGACAUUGGUUACAACUUGAAUAUUAUCAACACUAAAAUAGAUAAAAUAAAUAAAUAUUAA